UUGACGUAAGCUACAAUUGUUUUGUAAACUACAAAAAGGAGCGAAAUUCUUUAAUUUUAUUAACUGCUUUUUAUAAUUUCUUAAUUCUUGCCAGUUUUAACCAUGCCAUCAAUGAAAGUGGAGGGUGACAGUGACGGAGACGGCGAUAUGUCGGGAGGGGAGACUGAAAGGUCUGGGGGCUCCUCCAGAGGCCCUGAUCGUGACUCCAGCGCGGAGGAUGCAGACGAGCCUGACUCCGAUGACUCCUCUGAGAUGGAUGAAUGCGAAUGCGAGAGGCGGCGGACAGAGUGCCUCAAUAAUCUGGCGAACCUGGAGCGUCAGUUCACGGUGCUACGGGAACAGCUGUACUCGGAGCGCAUGAGGCACGUGGAACAUCAGCUGCAGGAGGUGCGGGGCGGACGAUCGCAGGAGUACGUCGGCCCUCUGCGGCGGCUGCAGGAGAACAUGCGCGUCAGGAUCGAGGUGGCAGGUGUUCUCAAACAGAUGCGGAUAGACAACAUCAAGCACAAGUUCCAGGCGGAGGAGCAGGCGGCGCACCAGCACUUCAGGCAGAGUGAAAAGUGGCUGGCGUACGAGUCCCUCAAGGAAGAAAUUCUAGAAAAGAUCCGGAAGAUAGAGGAGGAACGGCAUACCGUCGACCUCUGGUCUUGCGGGCCCGAGUGGGGCAGGAAGAAACGAAAGCGCCAAGUGACAGUCUCCCCUCCCUACAUAGUCUACAUGCUGCCAGAUUCCGAUAUCAUGGAGGACUGGCGGCUGGUGAGAAAGCUGCUGGAACGAUCCGAUUAGUGCGCGAACUUGUGUGCCGAAUUUUGAAUUUGACGUUCCGAACACGUCAGUGUCAUCUGUCAAACAUUAACCGGGUUAAUUUUUUUUUUGAUGCUGUGCGCAGUGCGACAGAGACUAAGUGAUACUUUGAUGCAAAAUUAAAAUGGUUAGCAGCAAUGUUAUUUUAAAGACGCAGACGCUAGAAUACUUAGAAUUUGCAAUCUAUUCAAAUUUCUUUUGGUUUUGAAUAUUUCAUUUUAAAAAUAAUACCUAUCUA